CGCGACCCACUGGCGGAAGGGGAAGUGGGAGGGCGGGCGACCGCGGGGAAGAUGGCGUACCAGAGUCUGCGGCUGGAGUACCUGCAGAUCCCACCGGUCAGCCGCGCCUACACCACUGCCUGCGUCCUCACCACCGCAGCCGUGCAGUUGGAAUUGAUCACACCUUUUCAGUUGUACUUCAAUCCUGAAUUAAUCUUUAAACACUUUCAAAUAUGGAGAUUAAUCACCAAUUUCUUAUUUUUUGGGCCAGUUGGAUUCAAUUUUUUAUUUAACAUGAUUUUUCUAUACCGUUACUGUCGAAUGCUAGAAGAAGGCUCUUUCCGGGGUCGGACAGCAGACUUUGUAUUUAUGUUCCUUUUUGGUGGAUUCUUAAUGACCCUUUUUGGUUUGUUUGUGAGCUUAGUUUUCUUGGGCCAGGCCUUUACAAUAAUGCUCGUCUACGUGUGGAGCCGAAGAAACCCCUAUGUCCGCAUGAACUUCUUCGGCCUUCUCAACUUCCAGGCCCCCUUUCUGCCCUGGGUGCUCAUGGGGUUUUCCUUGUUGUUGGGGAACUCAAUCAUUGUGGACCUUUUGGGUAUUGCAGUUGGACACAUAUAUUUUUUCUUGGAAGAUGUAUUUCCUAAUCAGCCUGGUGGAAUAAGAAUUCUGAAAACACCAUCUAUCUUGAAAGCUAUUUUUGAUACACCAGAUGAGGAUCCAAAUUACAAUCCACUACCUGAAGAACGGCCAGGAGGCUUCGCCUGGGGUGAGGGCCAGCGCCUCGGAGGUUAAAGCAGCAGUGCCAAUAAUGAGACCCAGCUGGGAAGGACUCAGUGAUACCCAUUGGGAUUCUUUUAUCCUUGGUUGCAAAAGUGUGGAUACUUUUGACAACCUGGCAGAUUUUAACUCCAGAAGCACUUUAUAAAAUGGUACACUGACUAAUCCAGAAGACAUUUCCAGCAGUUUGCCAGUGGUUCCUCACUACAUGGGUACUGAAAGUGUAAUUUCUUGGAGCCAAAAAACUGUAGAAACAAAUAUCCUGCCACCUGUAACAAGUACGUGAGUACUUGAUUUUUAUGGUAUAAGGCAGGGCUUUUUCUUCCUCCUCUUGAUAGAUGAGGCCAUGGUGUAAAUGGAAGUUUCAGAGAGGACAAAAUAAAACUGAAUUCCAUUUUUCUCUCACUGUA